AUGGGCUCCAUGGAGAGAAAAUACGAGCUGUGUGGGCCUUUUCUACCAAGGAGGCACCCCUCAUUGAGGACGAGUGCUGAGAUAGUGGGCGAAGCGAGAAGGAUCCUCAGAGCUCAGUCCACCCAGAGGCCAUACACCCCCCAGGAUGCGAACAGGCAGCUUUUUCCAAGAAGUUCUGUUCGUGCAGACCACAGCAACAGACCUUCCUCUACCUUCAGUCUCCAUUCUCAGAAUUUCUAUGUCGGAGACUCCCGGCCAAAUUCAGGGACUCGCCUAUCUCCACUGGAGCAUAAUAGAAAAAUUUCCAUUCCAGGCUGUGAUGACAUUUCAAAGUCAUCUCCCAAACCACCCACUGACCCACUGGACACCAAAAUAGGGCUGGGACGAACACGGGCGCGCCUUUUCAGGGCAUCAUCACUCACCACGUUGCCUCCUUUACCAGCACACACAGAUGCGAGAUUUUUUGUUGUUCCCGACGAUAUAUUUUCUGAACGUUUACAUCUAGAACGGGCAAAAAAGCUGCCGUCAGACCAAGCUUUUGUCUGCGGGGAUCAUAAGGAAUUCUUGGGUGUGCCUCACUUCACCACACCACGCAGAAGUCAGAGUGAAAGCAGACUAUCUCAGUCUAGUGUUGAUAGUGGAUUGGGAAGCACGGAUGGCCGAACAGGACACCGAACAGAUUUGAGUGGGAGUGGAAAGAACAACACAAAUGCAGGCGCAGACUCACGCUGGGAUAGGAUAGCGCCGCUUCUACAGCAGCUAAAGGCCGCAGUUGCAGGCGGUAAGAGUAGCUGUGAAGACUCCCCGGAACAUUUAAGUGAUGUGUGCGCCUCCCUUUACGACGCCUUGGCGGAAGCGGCCAUGUUGGGCCCUCACCGCUGUAAGAAGCGCUCCAGCAUUUUGCGAACGCUCUUCCGACUCAUCGACCUCAACUCCCCGCGACUCCACAUGCGCGUUGCCGAGCUGUGCCUUGCCUUACACGUCAGUGGGAACAACCUGCUCAACAUCUGCAAGCUCAUCUUCCAGAUCAGUCGCAAUGAAGCCAACGAUGUCCUAUUCCAGAACAAUUCAGUCCUAGACUCGCUGCUGGGUCUGAUGCUGCGUGAGGACGUGCACACAUGCGGCGAAGCGCUCUUUUACUGUGCCGGAACGUUGAAAUUUCUCUCAGGGAACGCCGUUGUCGUACACCUCCUGCUGGACAAGGACUGCAUGGGCACGGCUAGCCGUUUCAUUCAGAAGCUACGAAUGGUGGAUGACGCUUACGUGGCGAUUGCCGGGCACAUCCUUGUACAGAUGACCGCCACCUUACGAAACCUGUCAGACCACACCGAGGCACGUCCCCUUUUUGUCUCCCAAUCCUUGAUUUCGGAGCUUUGCUUGGUUCUGCAGCGCUAUCGGACGGACCGUGACGUGUGCACUAAUGUAUCCAGGAUCUUCAGUAAACUCUCCUCGUACUCGGAGUGCCGUCUCGCUCUGGCGCAAACCCCCGACUGCUACCAACUAUUUUUAGAACUCCUGACCAAACAUAGCCGAAAACAGGACUUGGUGGUGCGCCUCCUCUUCACGCUUGGCAACCUGACGUCCAAGAGCGACGAUGCGCGCUACCAGCUCUUCCGCUGCGAGGCGUCCACGGACACACUCCUGCGUCUGUACGGAGACUACCAGCCGAGGGUAGGGGACUUUUCAAGGGAGGCCGAGGACGUGCUGGUGAAGCUGGUCCGCGUGCUCGCCAACAUGUGCAUCCACGAGGAAGUGGGCACGGCGCUGGCCGGCAACGACAAGUGCGUCCGGCUGUUGAUGGAGACACUGGAGCUGAGGUCUGUUGAUGAGAACGAGGAACUGAUGGUAAACACGGCGGCCGCCAUCAACAACCUGACGUUCUACCACAAAGAAAGCUUGGUGCUUAAAUGCAAUCAGCUAGAUGUCGCUCAGCUCAUGCUGAAGUUGGUGCUGAGCUCCAACAUGGCCGCCAUGCACGAAGCCACCCGCGUCUACGGGAACUUGUCGCAGUCCAAAGAUGUGCGGGACUUUAUCAUGCACAACAAAGUCCACAGAUUUGUGGUGACACUUUUGGAUUCUAAGAAUCCAGACGUCUGCUUCUCGGCCUGCGGGGUCCUCACCAACCUGGCGCUGGACCCUCCCAACAGAGCCUGUCUCUCACUGGAGGGGGCUUCCACCAAGUUGACGGACUGCCUAAGAGACUUGGGAGCAGGUGAUUGGCAGUUGUCGGCUCAGCUGUGUCAGGCCUUGUGGAACAUGAGCGGUGGAGACGCCCCUGAGAAACUGCUGGACGCGCAGGAUAGGCAGUCGCUACUGGAGAUCCUCACGUCCUAUUUGGGUUAG